AUGGAAUUUUUUGACACUGAUAAAGCUGGUCAGCCGAAUACUGUCAGUAUAGAUCGCUCCAAAGUAGCACACCUUGAUUUGGACUAUUGGAUUUGGGUUCCCUUCAAGGAAAUUUCUACUCCUCUUUCUAGUGAGGCCAGUCCUCAUGUUUCUAACGACCUGAGUACUCCGCAUGUGAUUGACGCUGUUCGUCCUCCCACAACUCGUUCUAGUUGUAAGAUUGUUAAGGCCAUUCGUUUUCAACUCCCAUGGCAUUUCUCCGCGAGCAUCUACACUCGUUUGUCCGGUGCUCUUGGAGGGAAAUUCCGAAGAGCUUGCAUUGAUUUUCAAACCUCGGCCUAG